AUGGCCUUUCAGGGACUCUUGAAUUCAGUCAAAAGCAUGGGGAGAUUCCAGAUCCUUCAGAUGGUUUUCCUUCUGAUCUGCAAUAGCAUUGUGUUUCCUCACAAUUAUUUGGAGAACUUUACUGCAGCCAUCCCUGGUCACUGCUGCUGGGUCCCCAUCCUUGACAAUGACACUGUCUCUGACAAUGACAGUGGGAUCCUGAGCCAAGAUGACCUCCUGAGGAUCUCCAUCCCACUGGACUCCAACCUGAGGCCAGACAAGUGUCGUCGCUUUGUCCAACCACAGUGGCAUCUCCUUCAUCUGAAUGGCACCUUCUCCAAUGUGACAGAGCCAGACACAGAGCCCUGUGUUGACGGCUGGGUGUAUGACAGGAGCACCCUCAUCUCCACCACUGUAACUGAGUGGGACCUGGUGUGUGGAUCUCAGGCACUGGAUUCUGUGGCUAAAUUUAUAUUCACCAUUGGAACUCUGGUAGGGAAUUCCUUAGGUGGCUAUUUAACAGACAGGUUUGGAAGGAAGUUAAUCUUCACAUAUGCUUUACUGCUAAUGGCCAUCAGUGAGACUUGUGCAGCUUUGGUUCCUACCUUCUUCAUCUACUGCUCAGUUCACUUUCUGACUGCGGCUUGUAGCUUACUCAUAUUCACAAAUAGUGUUUUGCUAAUGGUAGAAUGGACAAGCCCUAAAUUUCAAGCCUUGGUGAUAAUACUGGUAUCAUGUGCUCAUGGUUUUGGAAGCCUAAUCUUCUUCUUCUUCUGGAGGAAUAUAGGGAUUUUAAAAUAAUUUUUAUUUAAACUAAAAAACAAUCUUAUUUUACAUAUCAACCCCAGUUCCCUCUUCCUCUUCCUCCUUUUGAGUAGAUGGCUGUCAGAAUCAGCUUGGUGGCUGAUUGUGAACAACAAACCCCAGAAGGGCUUAAAGGAACUUAGAAAAGUUGCUAGCAAAAAUGGAAUGAAGAACUCUGAAGAUGUCCUAACCAUGGAGGUUGUGAGAGCCACCAUGAGGGAAGAGGUGGAGGCGGCACGAAUGAAACCUACUCUGUGUGACUUGUUCCCCACACCCAAGUUGAGAAGACGCAUGUUUCUCCUGUGCCUUUUGAGAGUUACAUCAAAUAUCCCUUUGCUUGGCUUCUCUCUCCAUCUCCACCACCUGACUACGAAUGUCAUCCUACUGCGAUGUGUCUCUGGAGCAAUGACCAUCCUAGCCUCUGCUGGAAGCUUUUUAUUGAAUCACAUUGGUCGUAGGAUAUAUCUACUAUUUCUCUGUUUCCUGUUCGGAAUCUUCAUCCUGGCCAUAGUGUUUGUCCCACAAGAAAUGCAGACUCUCCAUUUGGUUUUUAUGACACUGGCGGGAGCAAAUUCUAUGAUGAUUGUUAGCUGUAAUAACCUAUACUCAAAUGAGCUUCUACCCACCGUGAUCAGGGCAAGAGCAGUCGGAGUCAUUGGACUUACUGCUAAUAUGGGGGCAUCCCUGUCUCCCAUUUUAAUAACCCUCACCAUGUACUCUACCUCCUUACCCUGGAUCAUCUAUGGAGUACUCUCCAUAACUAGUGGCCUUAUUUGUCUUUUCCUUCCUGAGACCAAGAAUAAGCCUCUGCCCGACUACAUCCAUGAUGUGGAAAAUGAGUUGAAAGGUUCAAGACAAACAAAGGAAGAAGUUGCCAUCAUCAAAGUGACACGGUUUUAA